UGGGCUGGCUCUGCCUCCCCCCUUGGGAAACUAGUUUCUUUCAAGCUCCCCCUUGCUACAUUGUAUCAUGUGAACGAGCCUCAAUUGGAUCCCUUUAAUUAAGGGGAGGAGGUGGAGAUGAGGGCAUGAGUGGUGAUCCACAGAGGGAUCUGCUUGGAUCAGGAAGCAGCCUUGAGCGGUAGGACUCCCAUAACAAUGUCGGUGAGCGUCCAUGAGAACCGUAAAUCCCGAACCAGUACCGGUUCAAUGAAUAUCUUGCUGUUCCACAAAGCCUCCCACCCAGACUGCGUCCUGUCCCAUCUUAACACCAUGAGGAAGCACUGCAUGUUUACCGACGUCACUCUCUGGGCUGGGCAUAAGUCGUUCCCAUGCCACCGUGCGGUCUUAGCAGCAUCCAGCCGGUAUUUUGAAGCCAUGUUUAGCAAUGGCCUUCGUGAGAGCCUGGGCGACGAAGUGAAUUUCCACGAUAGCUUGCACCCAGAGGUGCUGGAGCUGCUUUUGGACUAUGCUUACUCCUCUAAGAUCAUCAUCAAUGAGGAGAAUGCAGAAUCCCUCCUGGAAGCUGGCGACAUGUUGCAGUUCCAUGACGUCCGAGAUGCCGCGGCAGAAUUCCUCGAGAAAAACCUGUAUCCUUCCAACUGUUUGGGGAUGAUGAUGCUCUCGGACGCUCACCAAUGCAGGAGGCUCUAUGAGCUGUCUUGUCGGAUGUGCCUGGUCAACUUUGAGAUGGUCCAUGGGAGCGAAGACUUCAACACCCUCUCCAAAGACACACUGCUAGACUUGAUCUCCAGCGACGAACUAGAGAUCGAGGAAGAGGAGAAGGUCUUCAAGGCCGUCAUGCAGUGGGUUAAAUAUGACUUAGGCAAGCGGAAGGUCUUCCUCCCAGAGCUGUUGAAAAACGUGCGCUUGGCCCUGCUGCCAUCUGAAUGUCUCAAAGAAGCCAUUGCCUACGAGGAGCUGAUCACCGCAGAGGAGCAGAACAAGCAAAUUAUGGACGAGGCCCUUCAGUGCAAAAAGAAGAUCUUGCAGAACGACGGAGUGGUCACCAGUCCCUGCGCCCGACCUCGCAAGGCUGGGCACACUUUGCUCAUCUUGGGUGGACAGACGUUCAUGUGUGAUAAGGUCUACCAGGUAGAUCAUAAGGCGAAAGAGAUCAUUCCCAAGGCAGACCUACCAAGUCCGAGAAAGGAGUUCAGUGCUUGUGCCAUUGGCUGCAAAGUCUACAUUACUGGUGGGAGAGGCUCCGAAAAUGGAGUCUCAAAGGACGUCUGGGUGUAUGACACAGUUAACGAGGAGUGGUCGAAAGCUGCCCCAAUGCUCAUAGCUCGCUUUGGACAUGGCUCAGCUGAAUUAGAAAACUGCCUUUACGUUGUGGGUGGCCACACUGCAGUGGCUGGUGUCUUCCCCGCUUCCCCGUCUGUUUCUCUGAAGCAGGUGGAGAAAUAUGACCCCGUUGCCAACAAAUGGAGCAUGGUAGCCCCUUUGAGGGAUGGCGUCAGCAACGCAGCGGUUGUCAGUGCGAGGCUGCAGCUCUACGUCUUUGGUGGAACCAGCAUUCAUCGGGACAUGGUGUCCAAAGUCCAGUGCUACGAUCCAGUAGAGAACCGGUGGACAAUCAAAGCACAGUGCCCCCAGCCGUGGCGCUACACAGCCGCAGCUGUCCUGGGCAGCCAGAUUUUCAUCAUGGGCGGCGAUACAGAGUUCACGGCAGCAUCCGCCUACCGCUUUGAUUGCGAGACAGAUCAAUGGACACGAAUCGGAGACAUGACAGCCAAACGGAUGUCCUGCCACGCUCUGGCGUCUGGGAACAAACUCUAUGUGGUGGGCGGCUAUUUUGGGACGCAGAGAUGCAAAACGCUGGAUUGUUACGACCCUACCUCUGACACGUGGAACUGUAUCACCACGGUGCCUUAUUCCCUGAUCCCUACGGCUUUCGUUAGCACGUGGAAACACUUACCAGCCUGAUGAAGUCUGUGUGUCAUAUUUAGGAGAUGCCACCUCAAAUUCAUCAGAUCAUGACAGAUGCUGGAGACGGCACACGAUCAGCCGCUUGGUUCCCCGUCGCCCCGACAAGGUUUAUUUCUUCAUUGCACCUAGAUGGGUAGAUGCGUGAAGAUGCGAUUCAACAAAAAACUGGGUAACACUGAUAUACGCGGUGCGAGGCCUGCCGAAACCGUGUUUUUUUGAGUCCUUUCAAGAAAGGAAACACAAUUACGUGCACAAGGAAUGCCUUGCGCUUGUAAGGGGGGACUGCGGUACCUCAACAGCACCAUAUUGGAAACAGGUUGGACUAAGAAAGACACCUUCCAAUUUCCAGAAGGCCUCAAAGUUUUCACAUCUUUCCAAAUGUCUUCCAUGACUUGAAAGCUCUCUCAGCUGCAGUGUGAAUUUUACUAAGAAGCACACAGCCGCAAGGGCUAAAACUGGGUCGAAUCGGUUUCGAAAACAGUCUUGUUUUGUACUUUGAUGUCCCCUGGCCUCUAGCAGUUCUAAUAAAAUUCUUCAAGGAGCCA